GCACACACACAUACAUGCUGACUCACUCACAAAUUCUUGGAAAGCUACUUAAUACUUGACUUUCAAAACAAGGCUUGACAUCUUCAUAUUUGCUUUAUGGUUUCUAACCUGCGGUCAGUCUGCAGCAUGAACUGUUUGGCUGAAAGUCUCGACAGCAUGAGCAUAUCGAGCCUUCUUAACCUCAGCAGCCUCGGCAAGAUCUGCGGCUCCAGUCACAGCAAUGAUAUGGUAGUUUUGGACCGGGUGAAGAGGAAGAACUCUGUCAGGCGCAUGUCAAUAAUUGAAGAUGGCCAACUCGCAGAGGUUCUCUACCUGAUUCCAAAGCAGUCCAUAAUGGAGCAGCUACCGUUCCUCAACCCUAACGACUACAUUCUGUGUGAAAAGCUGGCAGGUAUACCUGCGGAGUUGUCAGUAUUACAUACCCAGGAUAGCUGCCAGCCCUGCCCUCCAGCAGGGAAGAAGGUCAUCAGGUGCUUCAGAUGUGGGCAGUCAUGCAGAGGAGAGGUGCUACGGGUUCAGAGCAGCCACUUCCACAUGAAGUGUUUUACAUGCAAAGUAUGUGGCUGUGACUUAGCCCAGAGUGGCUUCUUCAUGAGGAACAGGGACUACCUCUGCCCACUUGACUUCCAGCGACUUCACGGCACACCUUGCAACAGCUGUGGAGAAUUUGUGGAGGGAGAGGUGGUCACAGUCUUGGGGAAGACCUACCACCCAGCCUGCUUUGCUUGCGCCAUUUGCAAACAGCCCUUUACUGCUGGGGAUUGUGUCACCUUCAGUGGAAAAGACUGCCUCUGUCAGCGCUGUAUGAAACCUGUGUCUCCAGCUCCAGAUGCCACCAGCUACUCCAGUAAUUGUGCUGGCUGUGGCAGAGACAUCAAGAAUGGACAGGCUCUAUUAGCUCUGGGUGGCCAGUGGCACCUAGGCUGCUUCAAGUGCAAAACCUGCAGGAAAGUGCUGAGUGGAGAAUAUAUCAGCAAGGAUGGAGUUCCCUACUGCGAGAGAGACUACCAGAUUCAGUUUGGGGUAAAAUGUGAAGCAUGUCAGAGGUUUAUAACUGGAAAAGUCCUGGAGGCUGGGGACAGACGUUAUCACCCCAGCUGUGCAAGAUGCAGCCGAUGUGACAGAACAUUCACAGAAGGAGAAGAAAUGUAUGUGCAAGGAUCAAUGAUUUGGCACCCAGAUUGCAGAGAAACCAGCAGAAUGGAGGACAGUUACAGGCACACAAGAUCAUCAUCUGAAAGCUCCUGUUCCAGGCCGGGCUCGUGCACUCCUGGCAGCCCAGGUCGAACCAUCUGUGCCAAAGUAGAUAAUGAGAUCAUUGAUUACAGAGACUUAGCAGCAAUUCCCAGAGUCAAGGCUAUAUACGAUAUAGAGCAUCCUGAUAAGAUAUCCUAUAAGUCUGUCAAUGACAACUCUUCUACUUUGGAUGAGAAAGGAAACACACAAGACAGCCAAAGAGUCCAAAAAAGUCCUGCAGAGUCACCAGGAAUCAAAACUGAGGAGAGUUUUGAAAUAAGAACCCCCAUACCAAAAUCUACAAGCCAAGGAGCUUUUGGACUUCAUGCAAUGUACAAUCGUCAUAGCUACACUCCAACUCUAUCCAGAUCACCACAACACUUCCACCGACCAGAGUUGCCUCUUUCUUCGUCUUUAUUCUGUGGCAACACUGAUACUUCCCCCACUUCUCUUUUAUGUCACACCUUUCCCUCUGAAAGCAAAGAUGAAAGCUUCAAUAUGUACAGGAGGGCCCCGAUUUAUAAACAGCAAGAUCCAAAUUCCUCGACAUACCCAGCGUCGUCUUUGACUGGAUAUGGUCGGAACAGCCUUAGUCCGCCACAGCCAGCUGAUUUCUCCCACUACCAUGAUGACAGAUGCAGAGACUUCAGGCUCAUCUAUGACCAUCAGUAUCCAUUAACACAAAUGGAGAGAGGAGUGUCUAUGCCUAAUUUGUUGGAAGCAAAAGUCUAUCCAUAUGAAAUGCUCAUAGUGAGCAACAGAGGACGAGUGAAGCUUCCCAAGGAUAUUGACAGAACAAGACUUGAGCGCCACCUAUCCCCAGAAUCAUUCUUCCAGAUCUUUGGCAUGGCUAUUCAAGAAUUUGACAGACUUCCACUUUGGAAACGCAAUGACAUGAAGAAGAAGGCAGAUCUUUUCUAAUGCAUGGCUUAUUCUGUGAAUAUGCAGUACAAGUUCGUGUAAAUCUUUGUUUAUUCCUAUGUAUUUGGCACAUAAAUCUGACAUUUUCCCCCUAAGAACAGGACAGACCAUAAUUAUCCUGGGACACCUUAUUGUUGUCGCCCCCUUUUGUGUCAUUGUAGGUUAUUGUAAAGAGUAAUAAGCUAGUUAACAUUAUAAUCUCCAAGAACAUGAACAUAAACUUAACUUUAUUUAUUAUUAUUUGUAUUUCAAAAGCCAGCCCUGUAUUCCCUGGAAUCCCUGUAUUUAUACUGAACAAUUCAGCUGUAUAGUUUAUGCCCAUUUGUCUUAAAAGAGAUCCAUCCAUCCAUCCAUCCAUCCAUCCAUCGAUUCUCUUCCACUUAUCCUGUUCAGGGUCGUGGUGGGGGCUAUUUGCAACACCAUAUAUUUUUUUAUUCCUGGACUCUGCUAUACUAGCUAUUUAUGAUUAUUUAGACUUUUAAAAUCUUCCUUUCCCUCUUCUGUAAGACAACUUUCUUCCAACUGGCUGUGCCUCAGCUUUACACUCAUAGAUAUUACUGCUUCUAUUAUUUUAAACUUUGGCCUUGUUGCACCAUUGUAAAUACACGUAACACUAUAAGGACAAAAGUAUAGUUUUUGAAUUCAGAUGUUUUCAGUCUUUUUACAAACAGUUGUGAGAGAAUGGGUCACUGAAUUUGAGUGUGGUACUGUAAUAGGAUUUUGCAACAAGUCAGUUUGUGACUGGAUAUUCAACAAUCAGCUGCAAGUGGUAUUAUUGCAAAAAGUUCCAAACCUCCUUUGGCAUUGACAUCAGCAAAAAAGCCGUGUGCUGGGAGCUUCAUAGCAGAGCAGCACUCCUGUAGGUGUAAUUUGUAAUGUGGCCAGCUCCUUUUGUCCAUAUCGUAUAUGACAGAAAAUAGAGAAAUUGUGUAAUAGGUUCUCUUUAAUUGCAACAAGUAUCUUUUAGUAUUUUUAGAGGGUUAAAAACAUCAAGACAAAAAGCAAAGUGCAUCCUGUUUCAAGCUGACAUUUGAUGUUGAAUAUUUGAACAAUUACCAAGAAGACAAUAUUUCUCUUACCUGAGCUUGAACAACCUGAUCUGAAAUACAUAAUAAUAGAAAUGCACUGCUGGUAUCUUUGUAAACUUGUGGCCAGUGUGCCAGAUUACUAAAAUAAUGAUUUUGGUUUAUGUUCAGUGACAACAACGGCAAGAUGAGGGUUAGGCACUUGCUACACAAACAUAAGAACAAAAGAAAUCUUAUCAGUGUUGUUCUACAUGCCUUCUCAUAAAUCCGGUGUUUAGAGAUUGCCUUUGUGGCUGAGUAAUACUACCUCUUAAUGGAUAACAGUCCAAGGAUAUCAAAUGCUUCACUAAACGCUGGAUUCAUCUUCAAAACAAAAUAAUGUUGUGUUUUCAUUAUUCAUUGGAUGCUUAGUUUGUAGUUUUCUGGAUACGCAGGAGCAUGGUGACUGAAAUGAAGUAAAGGAAUAAUUACAAUGACUGAACACAGAUUUUUUUUUGCUUUAAAUUUCACCCAGACUCAGCUGUAAUAAACCCCAUUAUAUGUGCUCAUCUACAAUCCUGCCACUUCUAGCUGCCUAAAUGAAAUUACACACGUCUAACAAGCACAGAUUUGCAUUUCCAAGAUAAACAAAGCACACAGUUCCCUACACUAAUCUCUUUCUUUCUCCAAGUUACAAACAUCAACAACAACAAAAAAAAACCCCAACAUCAAAUUGCACCUCAAAACGCAGCAAGAUGGAACAACUCACAUAUUUUCUGUCCUAAGUUCAGAGUUUUUUCCAAUCUGGAGCACGAGCUUGGAAUCUGAAAAACAUGCAGCACUUCGCUUUCAAGUGCACUUCAAAGAACCUGACGGUGAUGACAGACAUUCGUGCUCUGGCUUUCUCUUCUCUACAGAGAUGUCUUCAUAGUUACUACACUUUCUUCUUUUGUAUGCAAAUAGCAAACACUUUCCUAUCCUCCUGUUAAAAUUAGGACACACAAAGGCCGGCUUAAAUAAACCGCAGCAGUGAAGAACACAAGCAAAAUACAACCCAAGGCUGUCAUUGUUUCCGCACUCGCUACAAUUACUUUAAAUAACAUCUUUCUAAAAUUCUCUAGGUGCAAUAACUAUAGUAGCAAGGAUGUUCUAAUGUGACUGAGGGCAGUUUUGGAUAAACCAAGCAGCUUGUUUGAAGAAGAGCACAAUUCCCUGACUUCACCUUCUCUUCUGUCUUACACAUUUCAUUUGAUCUGACUCUGACAUAUUUGUACAAGGUGUUGCACUCUAGCCAUUUGACAUUCAAGACCAACAGAUGGUGCUCUGGAGUCUAUUUAAGAUUACUCUCUGUUUAAAAUAAGAACACCUGCCAGACUUUAAGUUGUAUUUGUGCUGUGGAUUUGAGACAUUUAUUUCAUUUUACUUUUUGCAUGUAUCUUUUAAAACACCAUAAACAAGCCAUGGCAGCAGCUUGAAAGUUGCAUUAUGGCCCCUUCCUGUGUAAAUAUUAGACUAUAUAAACCCCACUAAUUAAACAAAUGUAAAUAAUGUAAUCAU